UUUGUUUUCAAUACUUCCAUUUAAGACUUGUUUACAAAUCAGAUGGGCAUUUAAUUUGAUGGACAUAUAAUUGUUGAAAUACUAUAGCAUUUUAUGUAAAUAUUUAAAAGCGUAUGAGCAAUAACGUUUACUUAGAACUUUCAACUUAACGUUUACAUUUUUAAAUUAGCAGUAACACAUUAAAGAUUAACUCCAAGCCGAAGUUUGAAAAAUGAAAAUGAAAAAUAGUGGAUAUGUAGUAAUAGUGAUACUGCUGGUAUCUUUUUUCAGAGAAAGUUACUCGGUAUCAUAUACGAAUUUUGACGCGUUCUUCAAAAACAUUACCGGUGGUAAAAACAUAAAUUUGCGGCCAGUCCUUGACCAUAAAUCGAAAGUGAACAUAUAUAUGUAUUUUCAUUUAAUAUAUAUCCAGGAAUUUAAUGAAGUUGAAGGAAAACUAAGUUUAACUGGAUACUUUAGUAUAAACUGGGUUGAUCAGACUAUAUCUUGGAAUAGCACAGAAAACGAAAUCGAAGAAGUUACUCUCGAAGAACAUAUAAUUUGGAAACCAGCUUUUAUUAUUGGAAAUUCAUAUGACGGUGUAAAAUUUGUUCAUAAAGACGAUACGGUGAUGAGAGUACAUAGUAAUGGGGUUGUUACGUGGACCCCUGGAGAUAACUAUGACGUAGUCUGUAAUGCAGACGUUUCGAGGUAUCCAUUUGAUACGCAGAUCUGCAAACUUCAGAUAUUACCAUGGGGAUAUACCAGUGAGGAAAUUCUUGUUGUACCGAUUUACGAUUAUGUUGUGCAAUUGUUGUUCAAUCCACAAAAAACAUGGGAAUUUAUUGGAUCAAGUGUUGCAAAAAAUGAAGACCUUCAACUCCUAGAAUUUUCAAUGAAACUAAAACGCAAUCCCAUGUUUUUCGUUCUUAAUCUUAUUCUCCCCAUUUGUGUGAUGAUUAUUUUAAACAUUUUUGUGUUUCUACUUCCACCAGAAAGCGGAGAAAGAGUUGGAUAUGCUGUAACUGUUCUCCUGGCAAUCGCAGUCUUCUUGACUAUUUCAUCUGAUAAUCUGCCAGCAACUUCAAGUCCACGAAUAUCUUCCAUAUCUCUUCUUCUAUUUGCCGAUGUUUGCAUUAGUGCUGUCAUCGUAUUGAUGGUCAUUUUAAGCUUACGAUAUUAUCAUCGAGAGGAUAAUUAUCCGGUGUCUACGUUUAUGCGGGGAUUUGUAAAUGUUUCAAGAUUACUACGCUGUAAGGUGUGCUGUUGUAGGGGAAAACAAGAAAAAUAUAAUGAAGAUGAUAUUAAAUGGACCGAUGUCGGAAAGGAGAUUGACAUUGUAUGUGGUAUAUUUAUUACUGUGGUAAUUUGUAUUGUCAAUGCUUUGUAUAUCAUAGAUGUGACCGUGGGAUUACCGGGUUUGGAUUAAUAGUAUCAUUUGUUAUAUAAUUUGAAUUCAAUAUAAUCUCCAAAAAUGGGAGAAGGACUGAUAUGAAAAAAAUGUUCAAUUCUAUGUCUUUUUUUUUUACAAUUGAACAUCUCUAAAAGACAUUGACAUCCAAGUACUUUCAUCGUCUGUUUUAUAAUGAUUAUCUUAUACAAAAAAUAUAUUUUGAUAUAUUAUUCUAAUCAAAAUUCAAUAUACAUUUAAACCUAAGAACAAAGCCUCUGUUGAUACGAUAUCCCAGAGCUUGCAUUUCCUAUCAUGAUGUCUUUCAUAAAGUUUGCUGCUAACAAGAAAGCCGUUUUACAAAGUACUCAAAUUGUGCUGUUAAAUUGAAGUCAUCCCUGCGAUAACUUUACGGACUCUAUCAAGUUUGUUGACGUUAUGGAUGUCUGUUUCACAGAUGACGGCGGACAUUUUCAAAUUGGCAUAACCCCAAUCCCGUCCUUUUCGCCUCGAAUAUGACAUCACUGAAUUAGACUUAUCACGGAAUUUGUAUCACGACGGUGCCACAUGUGGUGCAGGAUAUGCUUAUCCUUCAAAAUCACCCCUUAUUUUUUAUGGGAUUGGUGUUGCUCCGUCUUUGGUUUCUAUGUAGUGUUUGGUGAAUGUGACCUUAUGGGUUUACAGAGAAAUUUCCGUAUUUUAGCGACAUUGGGGAUUCAAAAAGUCUAAAAUGAACAAAAGUCAAUUUCAAUUUGUUAUUAGAAAUUAAUCGAUUAAGAAAAUGAACAUCAUAGUAAUAUUCCUAGUUUUCAGAUGAAAAGAUUCAUUCGACUUCGGUUAAAAUUAGUAUUAUAAACGGUUAACAUGUUCAUCCACUAACCGUCGAAAGGACCGAAUACCACAAACGUUAACCAGUCAAUUGAACCUUUUUCAAUUUUAAUAGAUUUGAUGUAAUAUGUAUUUAAAUAAUAGAUAACAUUGUUAAAUUUCAAAAGGAUCAUGAGGGUACUUAAUGAAAUCAAUGAUCUAGUAUAUUAAUUGCUUUAUUAACAAAGAAAACAUUCUAGUCUUUCAUUAACAACUAGUGUAUAAGUUUGGAUAAAUUUAGAUGGAUUUGGAUAUUUUUGGAUCUUCACUAAUUUGAUAAGGCUAGUGUUUCUAUACUGACAUAUGGGUAUGAAAUAUGGGGAUUCGAGAAUUCAGAUGGUCUUAAGAGAGUUCAUUUGCGUUUUUGAAAGCAUACAUAUCAAUCACGUUUAACUUGAAAAAAUCAACCCGGAAUUUAUGAUUUAAUAUAUAACUUUUUAAAACUUCAACCAGGAAUUUUAUGAUUUAUAAGGAAUUGGGAAAAUACCCUAUUUCAAAUACCGUCACGUUUGAUUAAUGUCUAGCAUCGCUUACCAGAAGGAAAAAAGAGCAAAAUAUCAGGUUUAUUAUACGCUGCUAUAUGUAAAUCUCAAUACAUAUGGUUAUGAUAGUAAAUGGUAAUCCUAUACAUCUUUCCAGAAAUUUAUUUCAGGAAUCAUGCAUUUUACUCUAAAAUUACAGUUUGAAGAAGUUAUUCCCUUGCCGGGAAGAAAUACUGCUUCGCGACAAUGAAGCUCAAUGAUGAAUUAACGAUUAGCGGAUUUUUAUCCCUGUUGAUUUAAAGAUAUAAUAUUUGGUCAAAUAUAAAGAUUAUCAAUUAUGGUCUUUAAUCUUCCAACAUACUUGUAAUCAGCUCAAUUAUAAAGCUGAAAAUGUGUGUUACUUAAAGAUAUACAUAGCUGUCUAAUUUACUUCUCACCAUAGCUCCGAACUGCAGCGAACCAGUAUUGAUACCAUUAUUCUUCUCAACAAGGGAAAUAAAUCGUAUUCAAUUGUAAUUUCAAAAUCAAAUUCGGGCUUGCGGAAGUCAAUUUCUAUAAAGUUUUAUAUAAAGAAAAUGUUUGAUGACAUUGGAAUGUCAAAUAUAUGGAAAAGUCAAAAUUUAUUUCAAAAACAUUGGGUUGUAUUAAGUGUUCAGCAAGAACUUAGAGACUCAAGAAUGGUCAACAGAAAUGAACAACUCACCAAAGAGGCUGAAAUAUUGAUUAUAUAAAAUAUAUGUUUUUAAUUUGAACGCUAAUCAUCAGUGUUACCACUUUAUUCAUUUAUCACCUUAUGUAAAUUUAAAUUCUCCCUCGCCCGAAUUUAAAGUAUUUCUACUCUAAAUUCAAUUGGCUAUAAACAAGACAAACGCAGAAAUAGUAUUAGUUACUCGCAGUAACAUAUUAUUUUCUUUUGCGAUACAAUAUUUUAUUUUCAAACCGCCAAAACUUUUCUCGUGCCUUAUGCACAUAACAUCAAACUUUAUAAAUAGUAAGUACAUUUUCAGAGCUAGUAUCAGAACUAGUUAUACUAGUUCCCAUCUAUAUAUAAGUACUACAAAUAGCAAACGGGAAAAACCCCAAUUUCAAACGAAAUAAAAUAUAUUUAUAUAUGGAAAUAACCGUUUGUCUAUUGAGACGGGAAGGUGGCACAACAUACCAAGAUCUGAUAAAGUAUAUCACCUUUGCGAUUCAGCUGAUAUCGGUGACGAACACCAUUAUAAAAAAAAUUAUUAUGUCAUGUGAUUUUUUCAAAGAUGAAAAAAAAACAAAUACUUACAACAAUAUUGAAAUAAUAAUGUAAAUGUAAUUAAAUUCAAACAAGCAUUUUCAAUACGAAAUUGUGUUUCUGUGUAGGUUUAUUAUGGUCUUUCCUUUUCCAAAAUUGAAAGACCUUACUGUAUUUCUUCUGAUUAUUAUACUUUUUGUUCCACCAAACUUUGACAAAAUUUCACUCCGUAACGGUAGGACAUGUCGUGUUCACACUUUUGAUCGGUAUCACAUAUACCUAUCCGGAACUCACCCUGUGAGUCGUAAAACUUUGUCGGUCCGGAGUUAUCUGCCCCAAAAUUAAAAUCUUGUUACAUAUAUGGGAUGAACACCGUAACAGUAAUAGGUAGAAAAAAAUCGAAGGGUGAAUUUGUUCAGGACCAUACCCUGGUUCUUUAUUACAUUGGGAUCGAAAAGAUCGAAAGACUCAUUGGUAGGGUUAUGACCCUUUGGAAAUUAAUCGAUGUCAAAUGGCUAAGAAUCUUCACCAAUGAUUAUCAAUUCAUAUGACCUUGAAAAUGCCUUUAGGUCAAAUAUGUACGUUGACCUUGACCUUUGACAAUGUUAUUGGAUAAUAUCAGUAACUUUAUAAUUACAGAAGUCUUGAAUAGUGGAAAAUGUUUAAGUCAUUAAGACGCAACAUUGUUACAUUAUGACCGAAGAUAUUUGAUUUUUCCGUAUGGGGCAUAACCGCCGUUAACGUUGUGUGUGUAGUCCAAAUUAGUUUUGACUCUUAACCCAAAGGUCCUAGACCCAUCGAGUCUUUGCAAUGACAUCGGGGACCAAUGGCCUUGACAAAGGCCAUCAGGUCAAUGGUCAUGUCCGGGAUAGGGAAUUGUGUGUUGUUGACCCUAUUUGAAGGGUAUUAUAUUUGUUUCAAAGCUUUUUUGUUGACCUUGACCUUUGACCUUACACCUUGUUAUGGGAUAUUUCAGAAUUAAACCAUUAUAAUUAUAGAAGUCUUGAAUAGUGGAAAAUGUUUGGGUCAUUAAGGUGCAACAUUUUGAUCGAAUAGAUUUUACCUGUCCGUAAGGGGCAUAACCCCCGUAGAUGGGUUCUGAAAAGUAAAAAAGGAAAAAUUCUUAAACCAAAGGUCCUGUACAGCUGGGUCUUUUGCAUUGACAUCAAGGACCAAUGACCUUGACAAAACUCAUAAGGUCAAAGGUCAAGAUCAUGUCCCAAAUAGCGAAUUAUGUGUUUUAACCCCUAAAUUAUUAUUUUAUAUGUGUUUUAAAGCUUUGCAAUGCAUUCUACGUCUAUUUAAACAUAUAUUUUACAUUAUGAAAAGGGUAGACCUCUCAAACGAUCAAUUGACCUUUUAAUCAAAUGUAUUUCUGUGAAAUUCUAUCUUUCUGGUUAAAAACAACUAUAUUUUUAUUCAUCUUUUGUCCAAAUAUAUAGUAUGAUAAUA